GGCAGAGGACUGAAUCGGGGGGGAGAAGGCUGAGCGAGACAGACAGAGAGAGAAAGUGAGGGGGGAUCAGGAGUGAAGCCAGAUUAGAAGGGUGGAAACAGAGAGAGAGAGAGAGGGGGCUUGUGAGCCGAUCGUGAGCAGAAGGUGGGGAGGGAAUAAGGUGCGGAGGUCAUGGAUGCCCUGGCGUUAGAGGCCACCCAGCCCAAAAAGGCGGCCCCCCCUCCGGUGGUGCUGCAGCCGGUCAAGCGGCCCAAGCCGGCCAAAAAGGCUAAGAAAGCUGUCGUUUUUUUCGAGGUGGAGAUCCUGGAUGCCAAGACCAAGGACAAGCUCUGCUUCCUGGACAAGGUGGAGCCCAAUGCCACCAUAGGGGAGAUCAAGUCCAUGUUCCACAAGUCCCACCCGCAGUGGUAUCCAGCUAGGCAGUCCAUCCGCCUCGACCCCAAGGGGAAGUCUCUGAAGGAUGAGGAUGUCCUACAGCACCUCCCUGUCGGGACCACUGCCACCUUCUACUUCCGGGACCUGGGAGCCCAGAUCAGCUGGGUCACUGUGUUUCUGACAGAGUACGCAGGGCCUCUCCUCAUCUACCUGAUGUUCUAUUUUCGGGUUCCCUUCAUCUAUGCCCCCAAAUACGAUUUCACCACCAGUAAGCACUGGGUCGUACACCUGGCCUGUAUGUGUCACUCUUUCCACUACGUGAAGAGGCUGCUGGAGACACUGUUCGUCCACCGAUUCUCCCACGGCACCAUGCCGCUCCGCAACAUCUUCAAGAACUGUACCUACUACUGGGGCUUUGCUGCAUGGAUGGCUUACUACAUCAACCACCCACUCUACACACCGCCCAUCUACGGGGAGCAGCAGGUGAAGCUGGCGCUCAUCAUAUUCCUGUUCUGUCAGAUCGGCAACUUCUCCAUCCACAUCGCCCUGCGCAACCUCCGACCCCCAGGAUCUAAGACCAGGAAGAUCCCGUACCCCACAAAGAAUCCCUUCACGUGGAUCUUCCUGCUCGUCUCCUGCCCCAACUACACCUAUGAGCUGGGCUCCUGGCUGGGCUUCACCCUGAUGACCCAGUGUCUGCCCGUCGCCUUCUUCACCCUGGUGGGCUUCGUCCAGAUGACCGUGUGGGCCAAGGGAAAACAUCGCAGCUACCUGAAGGAGUUCCGCGACUACCCGACCCUCCGCUCGCCCAUCCUGCCCUUCGUCCUGUAGAGCGCCGGUCCCAGAAACACACCACCCC